AUGGCGAGCAACAGCACAACAAGUUGCUCCGUCGUGCCCGCGACGACCCCGACUGACGCUGGCGUCGCGGGCGCAGGCACCCUCCUCUCCUUCAUCAUCACCAACUUCCUCUCGCUCUUCCUCAGCGCGGCCAUCAUCCUGCUCGGCCUGCGAAAAUCCACGUCCGCGCCACUAUGCAGGAAACUCCUCCUCUCCUUCAGCGAUCAGCAAAUCAUCACGGGCAUCGGCAUCCAAAGCAUCGCCCUCGCAAAGAUGGAGUCCAUGGUGCCCUACCACUUCUUCAUAGUCUGGCUGCUCUCCCUGCUCUCCACGGCCACAAACCUCGCGACCCUGCUCGCCCUCGUGAACGACUUCCGCCGCGACUGGGUGCUGCGCUGGAUGCGCCAGUUUUUCAUGCUGGUCAACAUGCUGCUGGGCGUGCUCAGCGGGAUCUUCAUCCUGCAGACCGUCAUGAAGGACAUGCAGCCGCGGCUCCCCAUCGCCUGCGUCUGGGAGGUGGAAGGUCGCGGGACCUCGUCCAACGCCGCACUCAGUAUUGUCGGCACGAUUGCUGUCAUCGCGGGCCAGGUCGUCGUUUUCGUAUUUUCCACGCUGUAUCUGCACACCCGGACGAACCCGACGUGGCUCAAAUCCGUGCAGGUCGCGGGCCUCGCCAUAUGCACCGCCAUGGGCGUCGGCGCCACCGUGCGCGUUAUCAUGGUCAGCCAGGCGUUUGGGAGCGCGCCGGAUGGCGUGAACCUUGUGGGGAGUAGCGAGAAGGACUGGAGCUACGGGCAGCUGCUGCCGCUGUUGCUGCUGAUGCUGCCGCUGAUUAGUAUGUUGGAGGUGGUUAGGGGCGAGAUUAGGACGCCGCCCAGUAAGGUGGAUGAUGAGACUGAGGGGUUACUUGGGGAGAUGGAGUUGCAGUAUCAGCCGAAUCCUAUUUGGGGAAAGAGAUAG